UUUCAGUCUUGAGUACAGGUGAGACUGCAGAGGCUGACACAGGGUAAGGUCAGCAGCAAAGAAGCAGGAGGCACACAGAAAACGAACGCUUCUCUCGCCAGCAAUGAAAAUAAUGGAUUUGGGGAAAAUGGAGAAAAGUUAAAAUGCCACCGUGGAUUAUGUUUUAGUUUCUACAUUCCCUAGCCAAGGGAACAAGGACUGCACUAAACCUAUGCCUCCCGGCUCUCGUUCUCUUUACCGACGCUUUACAUUGGCACACUCUUAUCAUACAUCAAGGGAGACCGUGUGUCUUUUUUUCCAGCAGAGCCAGCCCCUAUGAAAAUUACGGUCCAAUCACGGACCAAUUGAAGAAGUGUUUGCAGCUGUCUUGGAAUAACGGAGCACGGAGUGUAGCCGCAGCAGUUACUUUGUCAUUAGCUGGAAACCUACCGAAAGGAAAUGUGGGAUUAUGAAGAAUUCAGGAAGUUUUUUAAGUCUUACAUUGGAAUAUUUCGGAUGGUGUUGGCUUUAAUUUACUUAAAGAUACAACUGUAACCACCUUAGAAGAUUUAUUGCACACUGACUAAAACUUUACUUUCUUUACCAUCAAAAAGUUGAAACAAAAUGUGACUGAAGAGUUCACUACAUUUGAGUGUCAUGACAUGGUUCGGUGGUGUUUGUUCUGGCGGAUAGUAACGAGCGGAAGGUGAAUAUCAGAAGCAUGUGUCUAGCAGUUACUCGUUUUCUCUAGAGCUGCUUUAGUUUCCCGGAGGUUGCAGUCUAGACAUAGUCUGCGAUUCACAGGUCAUGGAUUUCAUUAUUCUGAAGGUGAAUGGACAGGACUUAUCACAGUCAUCACACGAUGAGGCAGUAGAAGCAUUCAGGACGGCAACGGAGCCUAUAAUAGUUGAGGUGCUGCGUCGAGUCAGCAGUGGAAGCAACCGAGGCAGCGGCAAGUCACAGCAUUUUAGAAAUCGAUUCCCAAACAUGGUUUCGAUAGCCACUCAAACUGAAGAGGAAUUUUACUGUUAUAAUCGGCCACCCACACCACCCCAAGGAUUUUAUCCUCUGCACAUAAGUGGGCUUUAUCAACCAUCCUCAAGGAGGCCAGUGGCCUUCUCCCCAAGUGCGGAGAUGGGGUUAACAGAUAUUGAGAUGGCUCAUAAUCUGGAUUUAGAUGACUGCCUUUUUGACGACAGGCAAUAUGAGAUGGUUUACGAGGAGGUUGUACUUCAGAGAACCACAAGUAAUGAGAAGCUUGGCCUCACGCUUUGCUAUGGCUCACUUGAAGAUGAAGUCACAGAUAUCUUCAUUAGCGAGGUUGAUCCUUCUAGUGUCGCAGGCAGAGAUGGACGCAUUAAAGAAGGGGAUCAGAUUCUGCAGAUAAAUGGGAUAGAUGUACACAGCCGAAGUGAAGCCAUAUCUCUUUUCGCUAGCCAGGAUCCAGACAUUAUGCUGCUUGUUGCCAGACCACAGCUUCAGAUGGAUGAUGGCUUUAUGGAGGAGUCUAAUGUGGUUCUUGAAGACCUUCACAUGGAUCUGCUGGAAAAACAUCACCGAGAUAAUAUGCAAUUCAUGGCAUCUAUGCUUGCCAGGACACAUUUUGACGAAGAAGGCGGUACUACGGACACAGCUACCACUGAGAAUUCCUCUCACAAGCAUGAGAAGGACAGCGGUGUGGGACGCACUGAUGAAAGCACGAGAAACGACGAGAGCUCUGAGCAGGAAAUAUACGACGCGGACAGCCUUCCGCCAUCACUAUCAAAAUUGAGGAGCAUCAGUAUGGGAAUAGGUAGGAUGACUGGCCCAGGCUCCUACCACCAUAGUGUCGAGUCCAUCGCUUCAAAUGACCCAGAUAGUGGAGAUGCGUAUACGCCCGAGAUACCAGUGGAAGAGUGCGACAAGUUUCGCCACUUGUUGGAGUAUCGCUGCCCUCCAGCUCAUUCCAGCCUCCAGGAUUCUGGACUACGCCGAAAAGAUUCCGAGAGCAGCCUUGAGCGCGAAUUAGCCCAACUGAACAGAGAAAUGGAAGCAAUACAAGUGGAGUGUCAAGAAAUCGUUGAAGCCCACCUUAAAGAGCAACAACGACUCGUCCACCAGAAUGUAGUGUGCAAGGAUGGACAUAGUGGCGCACUCAAACAGGAAGACACACAGCGUAGUCCCCGCGUUGUUCCACGAAUGGGCACGCGGUUAGACUGCAUUAAACAUAUGCAGGCGCUCGAACAGUUUGAUUUAUGGGCCCAGCAGCGACGGUUGGCUUUAGCCACUAUCUCGCCUGUUCAUAAUCUACCUGUUACUGUCCCCAGUACCGUUCCCUCCAACAGCCGCGUAGAACGCGAUAAAGAUGCAUCGACAACGAGUGCAUACAAUACGGGAGAGAGCUGCCGCAGUACACCCCUAACCUUAGAGCUUAGCGUAGCAAGCGAUGAGAGCGAGAGAGGCUUCAAGAACUCUAUGCUGUGUCUGACGCCCACCCCUGUGCUUGCAUCAUCUUCGGACACGGAAAAACAAACACAGACCCCAACUGGAAAGUCACGGAGUGGCGGAGUCAGAAGUAGGGAAGUAACUAGUGAAGAUGCAGGUAGGGAUUUGCAAGUAGGAGGUCAGAGCUUAGUGGAGAAUUUACGUGCGGGUUUGUCGUCGCAGGCUCGCAUGGGCGAAUCGCUGCAGGACCUAUAUAUGCGUUCGGCUGAUAUCAUGUACACUAACCAUGCAAACUUGCAACAUACCAUCGCUGUUCAACAAAAACUGUUUCAGCAGCAGCUAGAACAGCAAAAACGCUUAAGAUUAGGAAAAUAUUCACCAUCUUCAUUUCCUUCCAGUCCCCAACUCCAACCCUGUGCAAAUGUUUUGACAGAGGAUGGCAAGCAACAAACUCCGAACACUGCAGCCUCUGAGAGCGGGGGACAGAUGGAGUGGGUGGUCAAACGCAGGCCAGAUGGAACGCGAUACAUUACAAGGCGACCCGUUCGAAGCAAAAUAUUGAAAGAGCGUGCAAAGAAGAUAAUGGAAGAACGCAGUGGCAUGACGACUGACGACGAUGCCAUGAGCGAGUUGAAGACCGGCCGCUACUGGUCUAAAGAAGAACGAAAGCGGCAUUUGGAAAAGGCAAAAGACUACAAACGGCGGAAGGAAGUGAUGAUGAAAGCUCGCAUGGAGACACUGAAAGAGACUGAGGAAAAAAAGGAGAUGAACAUUGUUGAGCUGAGUCACAGAAAAAUGAAUAAACACAAAGGAAAGAAAGUCUUGGAUAAUUUUGUAACCAUGCAGGAGAUGUUGGCUCACGGCAGUCGCGUGCCAGAAGGAAAGACUUACAACCCAUUGCUAUCAGUAACAACAGUAUGAUUUUUGUGUGUAAUUAUGUCUUCUAUACAGACUGGUGGACUAGCCUCCAAUGUCUUGUCUCCUAUGAGUUGGCCGUGUCGUUGACUUUGUCGCCUCGUAAAGACAGAUUGACUGUGAGCAUCGUAGCCAAGUGGUAGCUGUUGUCAGGGCAAUUUAAGUUAGGUUUUGCUGUAUUUAUGAUGCUGAAGCUGACUCAGAUCAUUAUCAGACAUAUCUGCGUGUUUAUCCCUAUUGUGUCUGUGACAAUAGUGGCGUUCAGAUAAUCAGUGCUUUCUGCUUUUGCCUAGUCGCAGUAGGAGCGCGGUACGUGUUACGUUACAGCACACCAUGCGUCAGUAAUGAGAUGAUGAAUGUUGUUAACGAGGCUCUUGUUCAGGUCUUACAACCUGACAUUCUGGUCCGAUGACUUCCAGUGUUUCAUAAACAUUUUUGCAAAUAGCAUUAUGUCGACACGACUGUUGACCUUUGCUGCUUUCAUUUUCAAGACCAAAUGACAGCUGAGAUGUAUUUUCAGCUAGUCGUGUAUUUAUCAGAUGUGCGCACGAUUUCUACCUGUACUCAAACCAUUAGAGCUUAGUAAUGAACACAGACUGUUCACCACAAGUGCUACGGAGUUUCAAACCUGCCGAUAACUUAGACAGAAACGAACUCGUGCGCGUGCACAGUUAAGCUGCAUCCUUUGAAUGAAAGGAACUGUUCAUGCAGUUAAAAGUGCGUGCAUUUUGUGAUUGUACACAAUGUGUCAGAGCCUGUUAUACCAAAGACACUGUCUUUUCAGACCCUGCGCAAGCACGUAACUGCGCAUGCAUAUACCUCGUUUAUUUUUAAUGCUUCGUUUCCUGUCAGCGGAUACCCUGACCAUCACUUUGCCAACUGCCAUCCUUUUUGAAAUAUACUACUGUAGACGAUGAUGAUGAAAGUGAGGGGGAUAAAAGUAGCCACGUACCAAAAACAAAUUUAUGUGGUUGUCUUCAGUAAGCAUUCGAUAGUAAACAGCUUAGUUGUCUAUUAUCUUUCCUUCGUCGCUUGAUAAUUUUUGCUAACAGCAUUGUUUCCGUCUCUUCGUAAACAAGCAUCUGUCCAAUUGCCUCUGUCUCGAUCAUUUUUUCUCUAUCGUGGACUUCUGCUGGAUCCAGUUGUUGAUUAUUGUGUACGUAUACCUUUUCACGUCGGACUUCAGGGCAGAUUAGGAAGCUUUCUUUUAGUGAUUACUUGGAAAUAAGCAUUCGUCAACACAAUCUUCAUACUUAUUUUCUUUUUAAAGUGUCCGGCUGUAAUUAAAACAAGCUAGACUUAUUUUGCAAAAAAACAACAAACAAACAAAAACUGUCCAUUUUCGACAACCGAUGGGUUCUUUUUCAGUGUUUGCGUGCGAACAACUGUGAAACCUUUUCUGAGAUUGCCACCAGAUAAGCAUACACCCCGCUUGUUGACACCAGUUUCUAAAUAAUUGCAAGGUUCUAAACUUGCUGCAGUGUGUGAAGACUGCUUAUUCCCAAUUAUGGAAAGUCAGUUCAUUUUCUUGUCUCUCAAGUCAUCACAUUCUUUUAAAGAGGAUCAGGCCUAUUUUUCCAUCGUACCAUGUUUAAGUAUAUCCCUUUUUGUUGUUAUUCGGUGGGUUAACUGUCACUCUUGUUUGUAUACUGUUCAAGUAUCUGCAGCAUGUGAAAAAACACGUGUACUAAUGAUUUUUUUUUUAAAUAAAAAUGAUUCUUACAGAUUAAGCUUUCCCAGGUGAGACACUAUUUUUGGGAGCAAAGUUUGAUCAGUAUGUGAAGUAUAUUUCCAACUGCAGUUUUUUUUAAUCUGUUGAAGCUUAUCUGAGUCCUGUCCAUUUAGCAAUACGCAUUAAAAAGCAUAUCUUGAAGUACUUGGUAGCGUUCAUUUUACAGCGAAUCUGACAUCAGAAGAUUGCCUUAAUGUAACCUACCCUCUGUUUCUGUUCGUCUUUUUUCAAUUUAUCGUAGCGCGCAGUAUCUUAUAAAUGCCUGCGGUAUAUUACAUAUCUUUCUGGUGCCUACAUGUGUCAUGACGUAGCCGGACUGUGUGCUGUUUGCCCAUCAAACCAGUGCUUAGCAGCUAAGUGCAUGACCAAUAUACACAACAUCAACAUCUCGUUGCGCAGUGCUGUUCAUUUUGCCGAAGUCAUGAACUACUGUGUUAGAAGUGUUGUCGCGGAAACAAAUUGUGCAAUAUUUUCCUUUUUCUUUUACAUUUAUGAAAUAAGGAAUGUAAUGGCGUACAAAAAAGGUCGGAGUCCUGCGGUUUCCGAGAGUAACCUGCUUGUAAUUUAACAGGUCAAUAAAAAUGUGCUGUCAAAAUGUGUGCCAGUUUCGCUGCUAGCGUGUAUGCACGACUUCAUUUGGGAAACUCCCCACCCCCACAUCUCACCCCUCCUUUUUUCUUUUACUUAGAUACACGAAACGAGGCCGCGCGCUUUUCCAGACGUAAGGUUUUCACUCGAAGAAAUCCUUAUACACAGACGAUACUAUCCAAAGAUUUUUAGGGUAGCAAAUUAUACUUUACUUUUCUGGCGAAGAAGUCAAGAUUUUUUUUUGUUUCGUUCGUCGUUUCUCUAGAUUUAAAUGUUACAUUCUACAUCGUGAUUGGUUACUUUGGUUGAUGGGGAUUUAGAAUAAAAUUAAUUGAAUACGUA